AUGUCAAAAUAUACCGCCGCUCACGCCGAUCCCCAAGGGCCGGGAGAUACCCGCCCAACUGCUCUUCAAAUAAUCGAAGAUGAAGGCAUAAAAGGCAAACUCUCAGACAAAGUAGUUGUCAUCACCGGCGUCUCUUCUGGUAUUGGUAUUGAGACUGCUCGUGCCCUCGCAACCACCGGAGCAACUCUUUACUUGACAGCAAGGAACCUUGCCAAAGCGGAAACUGCCCUGGCUGAGUUCUUCAAUCCGGUCCAAAUGAAGCUCGUUGAAAUGGAUCAGGGCUCUCUUGAAAGUGUUCGCAAAGCAGCAAAUGCCAUCCUUUCUGAGACCGAUAAGGUGAAUAUCCUGAUCAACAAUGCUGGUAUCAUGGCUGUUCCCGAUCUCGAAUUCACGAAUGAUGGGUUUGAAUUGCAGUUCGGAACAAACCAUCUUUCGCACUUUUUGUUAUUUCAAAUGCUCAAGCCUGCAUUGUUGACUGCUACCUCGACGGAGUUUCAGUCCCGGGUUGUCAUUGUCGCAUCUGCGGGACACAAAAUAUGUGGUAUCAAUACGUCAGACAAUUACAACUUCCAAAAGGGAGGAUAUGAGGCUUGGACUGCGUAUAGCCAGUCGAAGACCGCGAAUAUCUACACGGCUAAUGAGAUUGAACGUCGUUAUGGAUCAUGUGGGAUCCAUGCCCUGAGUUUGAAUCCUGGAUUCAUCGCGACUGGCCUGGGCAAAUUCCUUUCUGCGGAGCAGAUCGAUCAAUUGGUACAAAACAAGGAAAUGAUGAAGAUCAUGAAAAGUGUUGAGCAAGGUGCCGCAACGACUGUGUUGGCUGCAAUUGGGAAGGAAUGGGAGGGAAAGGGUGGAAGGUAUUUAUCUGAAUGUGCUGAGGCGGAGCGCGCCCUCGAUGAUGAUGAUCCCCGUAACGAGGUCUACGUGAGCCACACCUACAGCCUCGAGGAUGAGGCUAGACUGUGGAAGGAUUCAUUGAAAAUGGUUGGCUUGUCAGAUGAGUAA